GGUGCAACUCGCCUGGGCGCCGGGGCUCCUGGGAGUGAGGAGGCCGCGGACCGCCGCGCCGUCCCCGAGUGUGCCGCGCCCGCACUGAGUCUAUCCCCCCACCCAGCUGUAAGGAGGGCAGAAUUCACAGUACGGUGCUGUGGAUAAAGUUUAUAGUUUAAGGAUGUGAUGUCAAGUCCCGGCGUAACGGAAGCCUUCCUGCAAGUGGCCACGUCCCAGGCCGGUGCUUCACGGGUCAUUGCGCUACGUUUUGUUUUCGAGAUUUACAGCUCUGAAGAGACUGCUUUUCCCCCCUCUUUUUUCCUGCUGCAGUAUAAAUUCUAUUAUGGAGACCCAGACAUUUUAUAAAGGGAUAUAGCUUGAAUUCUGUGGAAUGUAAUUUUGUGUAUGAAUUAUAUUUUUAAAGUAUAAAGGUUUUCAGAAAGAAGGCUAGAACGGUUAAUUACUGGUACAUUCUGUAUAAGCAGUAAUUCUGUUGGUAAUACAGUAUUUUAUUAGGCAUUUGUGGUAGAAAGAACAAGCUGUAUCUUGAUAAAUUGAUUUAUCUUUAAUUACAAAAUAAAUGAUAUUAUAGCUGCAUGAUCCUUAAAUGAAAGACAGGUUAAUUUUUAAAUGCAGUGUAGAAAGUUUCUGCUGUGGAAAUUUUAUGAUUAACUAGUUAAGUUAAUGGAGAAAAUACCUUCAGUUGAUCAAGUAUAAUGAAGUGGUAUGCAAAGUUAGGAAGAAAGACAACAUAGUGAUGCUGCAGGAAGUGGAAAUGUAUAUAGGCAAUAAUUAACAAAGGUGGAAAAAUUAGUAGUUUGUGAGCUUUAAUUGAAAUUCAUUUCAUUUGACAUCAUACACAGUAUAAGAGGCGUAGGUUCAACAAAGUGUGUGGGUGUUGAUGUCCCCAAAAGUUAUCUGAAACUAAUAUAAGCCAUUUAAAUAAAUACUAUGAUAAUAAAUUGUAUAAAUUAGACGUUAGAUAAUGUGACCAUAUGAAGACUUUAAUUCUUGUUUACUAGACUAAAACAAGAUUUUUUUGUAAUCAUAUUAAAGUGCUUGUAGAGAAAGAAGCCUACAUAUAGUUUUUUUCCUCUUGUAGCAUAAUCAAUAAUUUGCUUGAUCCCUAGGCUUUGUAGCUUGUAACCAAAAGCAAAUUAAAGGUAUAAUUUAGUUAUUCUAUAGUUGUUUAGAACUUUGGGAAUAUAAACCUCCUUGAGAAGGCCAGUAGUUUUAAACAUUUCCAGAAGUGUGUCAACUUGUUUCGGGUCUUUAUGUUAGUAUUACACCAAAUAAUGACCUAAUAGCACCUGAAUUACCUAAAAGAGUUAAUAUAAUCCCAAAGAGUACUACAGAGUAUUUUGGUAAUUUAGAAGAGCUAUUCAUCCUACCUGAGUGUAAAUUCAGGUGUAAAUCCAAUAAAGUAGGUGUAGUGAAUUUUAAGUAGGAGCCUAUCAUUUGAUUAUUUUUUAUAGUAAAAAUAUAAUUUAUUAUGAAGAGAUGAGAAAUUUCAUGUGAAAGUUUUUACUCAUCAAAAGGUAAAAUCACUAAUGCACAAAACUGCCUCCCAACAACUAGUCCGAGAUCCCUCAUAUCAAAAAAGAGUAUAAUGGAAGAUAGCACCAUCUUGUCAAAUUGGACAAUUGACAACAAACACAAAAUGAAAUAUGACUUUUCAUGUGAACUCUACAGAAUGUCUACGUAUUCGACUUUCCCCACUGGUGUUCCUGUGUCAGAAAGAAGUCUUGCUCGUGCUGGUUUUUAUUACACUGGUGUGAAUGACAAGGUCAAAUGCUUCUGUUGUGGCCUGAUGCUGGAUAACUGGAAACAAGGAGACAAUCCCAUUGAAAAACAUAAACAGCUCUAUCCUAGCUGUAGCUUUAUUCGGAAUCUGGUUUCUGUUACUAGUUUGGAAUCCACCUUUAAGAAUACUUCUCCGAUGAGAAACAGUUUUACACAUUCAUUAUCUCCCACUUUGGAACAAAGUGGCUCAUUCAGUGGUUCUUAUCCCAACCUUGCACCAAAUCCUGCUAAUUCUAGAGCAGUUGAAGACGUCUCCCCAUUGAGGACUAACCCCUACAGUUAUGCAAUGAGCACUGAACAAGCCAGAUUUCUUACCUACCAUCUGUGGCCAUUAACCUUUUUGUCACCAUCAGAAUUGGCAAGGGCUGGUUUUUAUUACAUAGGACCUGGAGAUAGGGUAGCCUGCUUUGCUUGUGGUGGGAAACUAAGUAACUGGGAACCAAAGGAUGAUGCUAUGUCAGAACACCGGAGACAUUUCCCCAACUGUCCAUUUUUGGAAAAUUCUCUAGAAACACUGAGGUUUAGCAUUUCAAAUUUGAGCAUGCAGACACAUGCAGCCCGACUGAGAACAUUUAUGUAUUGGCCAUCUAGUGUUCCAGUUCAACCUGAGCAUCUUGCAAGUGCUGGUUUCUAUUAUGUGGGACGCAAUGAUGAUGUUAAAUGCUUUUGUUGUGAUGGUGGCUUAAGGUGUUGGGAAUCUGGAGAUGACCCAUGGGUAGAACAUGCCAAAUGGUUUCCAAGGUGUGAGUUCUUAAUACGCAUGAAAGGACAGGAGUUUGUUGAUGAAAUUCAAGCCAGAUAUCCUCAUCUUCUCGAACAGCUGUUGUCAACUUCAGACACUCCUGGAGAUGAAAAUGCUGAUCCACCAAUUGUUCAUUUUGGACCUGGAGAAAGUUCUUCAGAAGAUGCAGUCAUGAUGAAUACACCUGUGGUUAAAGCUGCCUUGGAAAUGGGCUUCAGUAGAAGACUGGUAAAACAGAUAGUUCAGAGUAAAAUUCUAACAACUAGAGAGAAUUACAAAACAGUUAAUGAUAUUGUGUCAGCACUUCUUAAUGCUGAAGAUGAAAACAGACAAGAGGAAAAAGACAGACAAACUGAAGAAAUGGCAUCAGAUGAUCUGUCAUUAAUUCGGAAGAAUAGAAUGGCUCUCUUUCAACAGUUGACUUGUGUGCUUCCCAUCCUGGAUAAUCUUUUAAAGGCCAAUAUAAUCAAUCAACAAGAACAUGAUAUAAUUAAACAAAAAACACAGAUACCUUUACAAGCAAGAGAACUGAUUGAUACUGUUUUAGUUAAAGGAAAUGCUGCAGCCAACAUCUUCAAAAACUGUCUAAAAGAAACUGACUCUACAUUAUAUAAGAACUUAUUUGUGGAAAAGAAUAUGAAGUAUAUUCCAUCAGAAGAUGUUUCAGGUCUGUCACUGGAAGAACAAUUAAGGAGGUUGCAAGAAGAAAGAACUUGUAAAGUGUGCAUGGACAAAGAAGUUUCUAUUGUAUUCAUUCCUUGUGGUCAUCUGGUAGUAUGCCAGGAAUGUGCCCCUUCUCUAAGAAAAUGCCCUAUUUGCAGGGGUAUAAUUAAGGGUACUGUUCGUACAUUUCUCUCAUAAAAGAAAAGUGGGCUAUAUGUUAGCUUGUAUGUAAAAGUCCUUAAAAUAUUGUUGAACAUUUGAAACCACCUUAAGUAAAAAAGGUAUUACUAGUUCUUUAAUUAGUAACAUUUGUGUACUAUCCUGCUUUGUACUAGUAAUGUUUAAAAAAAUUAAAGUAUAUCAUAUUUAGUCUUAAUCUCUGUUAUAUCAAAGGGAAGAUUUAUGUUUGGUGGGCUGUAGUAGUGUACAUGUGUGCACACAGGAGAAAUUAAACGAGUAAGUAGUCUCAGUGCCAUUAUGUAUUAUUUCAGGAGUGACUGAAUUUGGUGUUUUUGAAAGCUUUGAGUACUGCAUUAGAGUGUAGUUUAGAGGAACUGAAAACCAGGAGCUCUGGAAGUUAUCAAAGUUGUACCAAAUUCUUUUUGGUGUUUUUCAUUUAUAUUGUUAUUGAGGAUAUUUUACUGGCAAAUAAAGUUUUCCAUAAUUUGUGACAAACAUCUUAAUAAAGUUAUUUAAAAAGA